AUGUCUUCAUCGAUUAAAGAAGAACUUAAAAAUAGUAAUAGUAAAGAUGAUGAUGACAAUAUCAAAUUUAUUGUUAAUAAUGAUGAAGAUGUAGUAUUAGUAAAUUUAGACGAUUUAAAAUCUACUGAACAAAUUGGUAGUGGUAAUGUAAAAAAACAAAAAACAAAAAAUUCUGAAAGGAUUUGGGAUAAAUUUUUGAAGGAAGAAUAUAAUUUGACUCUCUUUAAUGUUGGAAAGGAACAUCCUUAUUCAGAAUACAUUAACAAUCUUAAAAUUCCAGUACAACCCAACAAUGGUGAUAAAUCACCUUCUUUCCUUUUGUACAACUUGCCAGAAACUAAUAAUGAAGGGAUAAUAAAUGGUAGUUAUGUUAAUAAAAAUUAUAUGAAUAAGUUAAAGGAAAAGGCUAUGAGUUGGAGAUGGUUUAUUAUGCUUGACUCGUAA